AUGAUGGUGACCCCACGAUGUCUACCAUUGCUCUUCACUGUGUUAACAGUGGUUGCAGCAGUACCUACACCUGGUAGGAUACCUAAGGUGUACAACGCUUUGAUAACCUCCAAUCAGAAUUUGGAACCUAGCAAAGCUUUUCCUCUAUAUCAGCCGGUAUUGCACAACACAUUCCCAUUUCCCUACCAAACUAUUGUAUACGGAGAUUAUCCUCUAACAAAUGGUAUAAUUCCUGUACCAAGUUCUCCGCCAAAAGAUACUGACGUGAAAUCAGAAGAACCAUCAACUCCUGCCCCGGAGGCGCCACCUGCUGGGUCCACUGAAAAACCUACGGAACCAGAAUCCAGUAGCCCGAAAGCUGAUGAUGAAAAAUCAACCCCAGUUCCACCUCCACCUAAAACAGAGUCACCUAUACCAUUAAAUGAGUUUGGCCUUCCGCCUCAAGUGCUACCAAUAAGUCGUUUCCAGCCCAGUUAUGAGUACAGUCCGUUUGCUUUCCCAUAUUCUUACUCAGGGUUACGAUUCUAUGAUCCUUACGAUCCGUUCGGCUUUAGCGCUUUUCCCAGCUAUCCGUUGUACCGGCCGUUGAGUAACGUUUUGGGACCGUCUCUUCCUUUCCCAGCCGUCAAACCACAGGCACCAGCCACCCCUGAAUCAAAUAAAGGAGACGUCCAACCUCCACCAGCGGAGCCGAGCGAACUUAACGUUUUAAAUUACUCUUCAAAGGACCCCGCUAUACCUAAUGUACCACCGCCACCUCUUCCACAAGGCGGUCUCAAAGUUGAUAAGGAAUAA